AUGACAGCGACCGAGGUGCAGGAAGCAGCGGCGACGCAGCCCAUGGACCGUGGCAGCAGCUCCGACGAGGUCCUCGAGCUGACGUUUACAGAGCCAGGCGACCUCGGUAUCCGCAUUGCUCUCAACCACGACGGUCAUGUCCUUGUCAAGAAGAUCGAGCCGGUCCCGGGACCCGUCGAGCGCAUCUGCCCCGACUUGACGCCUGGCGACGUGCUCGUGGCCAUCAACGCAACCAACGUACUUCCAUACUCGUUUCGCGAUGUCAUGAAGAAGUUGCGCGAAGCGAAGAGCAGCGGGAAGCCACUGCAGCUGACGUUUCUUCCCAAGGCCGGCGCAUCCUUCUUUACGACCACCGAGUCGCUCGUCGAGGCAUGGCUGCGGGAAGAGCAAGCGCACAUGGACGACGGCGAGUUUGAAGUCAUUUUUCCGCCGUCGCAACCACUUGGAUUCCAGCUUGGCGAGUCGUUCCUCAUGGUCAAGCCGUUCGUCGUCGCUGGCGUCGACGUGGACGCAGCGUGGCCGGCACGGAUUGUUGGAAAAUGCGUCGUCAAGGUCAACGACCACGUCGUCAUCGGGGCACCGGUCGACGACGUUCGAGAGCUACUCUUGAGCAACGAUCUCAGUCUCUUUCCAAAGCAGUUGGCGCUGCUUCGGCUCUCGGCGUCCAUGGUAUCGGCGACGCAGGAUGACGACUACGAUAUCGUGACGAUCCCGACGCCAGACUGGAUGCCACACUUCCGCUUUGCACAAGUCGAACGCAUGCUCGAAGUGCCAACGAUCGAGCCGUUUGCGUGCGUCUCCGAUGGGCCUCUGCUGUCGCCGCGGGUGGACAAAGAGCGGCGACGCGAUGGCAUCGCACCCGGACAGCUGCUUAUCGCGAUCAACGGCCUCUCGGCGCUUGGCAUCCACGCGGAUCCAACACCCGGCGCGUCGCACGUCGGGAUGGUCUCGGUCGCGCUCGAGAAGCUCAAAAGCGAGCCGCGUUCGCUUCUUUUUCGGGACUUGACGCUCUACGAACGGGAGUUUCGGGCGCAGCGGCCACUCUCGCCGUGGCGCCGUCGGAGUCCUCAACCCACUGGCGGCACCAGUGCAGUACCAAGUAGCACGAUUACAAUAACAUCGGCGCCGCGUGUCUUGACCGAGCUCCUCAAUUCGAGCCUCGCUCGGGCGCCGUCGAGUACCGGCGAAUCGCGGGGUGCUCGCCAGACGUGGGUGGCCUCCCGCCUCCGACGCGUGACGAUUGAAGCGCCAUCGGCGUCGGAAGCCCUCGGCCUCUCGCUCGAGACGGACUUUUCAACCAAGUAUACCGUGUUUCACGAGUUUGAACGGUACAUUUCCAUGCGUUCUGGAGCUCUGUAA